UUGUAAAUGGAUCCUAGUUCGCCUAAGCGCUCAGAAGUAAUAGCGAAGGGGUGUGUGUAUAACAACUCUAUGUGUGUCGUCAAUUUUUCUUCUAAGAGUGUGUUAAACGGUGACUUUUUCUUUUGUACUAAAGCGAGUUUGAAGGAAGCAGGCGUACCUCAUUCGCUGGUAAGGGAAACAACAUGGACCAAAAAACCUAGCUGCAACCCGCUGCUGCGGCUACAUACCUGUAGCAUUAACAGCAAGAUCAUGGCAUUGGUCAGGAACGUGGGUGGCGAGGUCAGUGAAUGUCGAGGUAUUCUUGCAGCCAGUCUGAUGGAAAAGAGCAGUGGUACCAACAGAAACUCCUCUGCAGUUAUGGGUGUUCAAGAUUCCGUCUCCAUUGGCUCUGAGAUUCAGAACCUUAACGGUAAGGUUGGGACACUGUCUCCCCACUCCCUGCCGAAUUACAAACCUAAUUUGCACUUUAUCGGACACAGUAACGAAGACAGUCACAGUCUUGUUUCCCAGGAUUCAGGCAUUCCAACACUGGAGAUUAGUAAUCCGGAGCCCAUAAACUGCAGUGGCCUGACCUCUAAAUCGAACCACGUCAACAGAAGAUAUGUAUUUGAUCAGGUUUUUCCUGAUUUCAGUGGCAUGCCUCCGGCUACACUGAGCCUGGAGUCUGAGAAUUCCAUAAAGAAGUCGUCCACAUUUCCACGCAGCGGCUACGACACCGUGAUGCUCUUCAGCCCGAACUCGAGGGCUCUCAACAGGAGCGACGAUAUCUCUGUGUGCAGCGUCUCCAGCCUCAGCACAGAGAUGUCCACCACGCUUUCAGUUAGCAACGAAGACAUACUGGACUUCACGGUAACCAGCGACUCCAGCGCCAUUGUAAAUCUGGAGAGCGACGAGGCACAGUUCUCAGACGUAACCUUGAACUCCCAUCACGACCCCUGCGAGCGCAGUCCCCAGCGACAGGCCGGCCCCCCAGGUGAGGAGGAUAACCGCUUCCGGAAAUUCGGACCACUUGCCUCCUUCUUCACCAGGAGUUUGUUUGCAAAAAAAUGCAAGGAUACAAGGCCCUUGGAGCAAAGUGAACCGGGGUGGAAGUUGUUUGGAAAAGUACCUCUGCGAGAUGGGUUAAACAAAGACCCAAAGAAAAUACAGACGGAAUACGAAGAAAGAACUGGACGACCUCACAGUUCCCCUUCGAAGCAAAGUGUGAGGAAGAAUCUGCACUGCGAGCCACUCUCAACAACUGCCCUUAUCCUUGAAGACAGACCAGCGAACCUCCCUGCCAAGCCUGCAGAAGAAGCUCAGAAGCACAGACAGCAGUAUGAAGAGAUGGUGGCCCAGGCCAAGAAACGAGAGAUAAAGGAAGCACAGAAAAGGAAGAAACAACUGGAAGAAAGAUGCAAACUGGAAGAAAGCAUCGGAAAUGCUGCUAUGACCUGGAGCCAAGAAAUCCUGCCAAACUGGGAAACAAUGUGCAGUUCUCGUAAGGUGCGGGAGCUGUGGUGGCAGGGUGUGCCCCCCAGUGUGAGAGGGAAGGUGUGGAGCCUGGCAGUUGGCAAUGAGUUAAACAUCACCCACGAACUGUAUGAUAUCUGUCUGGCACGAGCAAGAGAAAAGUGGAAAUCCAUGCCAAAUGCUGGUCCAGAAACAGAAAACGAAGACCCUGGAAUAUCGUUAGCAGACAGAGAAGCAAGUUUGGAAGUUAUAAAAUUAGACAUUUCACGAACAUUUCCAAAUCUCUGUAUUUUCCAGAAGGGAGGUCCUUACCAUGACAUGCUGCACAGCAUACUGGGAGCUUACACCUGUUACAGACCUGACGUGGGCUAUGUGCAGGGAAUGUCCUUCAUCGCGGCCGUGUUGAUCCUUAACCUGGAUACUGCUGAUGCCUUCAUCGCUUUUGCCAACCUUUUGAAUAAACCUUGUCAGAUGGCAUUCUUUCGAGUGGACCAUAGCCUUAUGUUGACAUAUUUUGCAGCUUUUGAGGUGUUUUUUGAAGAAAAUCUACCAAAGUUGUUUGAACAUUUUAAGAAAAACAAUUUAACUCCAGAUAUUUACUUAAUAGACUGGAUCUUCACCCUGUACAGCAAGUCAUUACCCCUGGACCUGGCCUGCCGUGUCUGGGAUGUUUUUUGCAGGGAUGGGGAUGAGUUUCUAUUUCACACAGCCCUGGGCAUCUUGAAGCUUUAUGAGGACAUUUUGACCAAAAUGGACUUCAUCCACAAUGCCCAGUUCCUGACGAAACUACCGGAGGACAUCCUUGCUGAGGAACUGUUCACAGCCAUUGCUGCUAUUCAGAUGCAAAGCAGAAACAAGAAAUGGGCUCAGGUACUUUUGGCAUUGCAGAAAGACAACCGAGAACAGGAGCGUGGAAGUCCUGUACUAAAGCGCUGAGGCACACACAGACAUUUUCUGUGAUACACACUCUAGCAAAACAAGGAGAAAAGGCAGGCCCUGCACCCAAGUGUAUGCAUUGUAAACUGUGAAGAACCUCCGUCAGAGAGCUUGUUUCCUAGUCUUUACACUGGAGUUGACUUUAACCUGAACUUUUGCGCUAAUUCUACUAAGGACUAAAGCCUUAAAAAUCUUAUCCAGCAUCUUAACCCAGUGCAGAUAUCUUAAGUACAAUGGAAAAAGUUUUUAUUCUUAAAAAUCCCCACAUAUUAGCCACAGGUACCAGUUCCUCAAUAAACUGCCUUGUCCUUUGGGCAUUUUGUUAUAAUGUAAUUUGUUACAGAGUUGGUUUCUGCACUGCUCAAGUACUAGUUUGCUUACCAUACAGUAAUCGAUUGAAAAAUGGUUGCACAGGGGCCUGACUCGUGUAUUAAAUUAACUGGAAUGUAUUUUACACCAGUCCAAUUUGAUCCUGGAAAUGUGCUUUUCUGAAGCCUUAAACUAAACCCCAAAGUGCUAAACUGAAUAAUAACUGCAAAAGAGAUUAUUUCAAAACAUAAAAUGCUUAUUUGCAAAACUGUAUUUGCUGGAUCGCUCUUUGCACUUUUCAUUCUGCUACUGGUAAUUAUGCUUUUUGUUGUGAUUUGAUAUCUAAAAACAAUUUAAUUAUUCUCAUAUUGGAUGAAUGCGGAGUAUUUUAUUAUUUACUGUGAUUCUGGUCAUUUGGAAUAUUGUACAUUUUGCUCUGUAAAAUAUCGUUUUGUAUAUGGUAUGGUUUGUGCAUUGUUUCUGCUAAUUUAAAUGAGAUUAUGGUAUUUAAUAGUGCAGUAGUGAAAUCUGCCUAUGUGGCAGCACAUACUGGUGAAGGAUUGCUGUUUUAUUAUUGAUGUAAAGUGCAAUAGACUGGCAGAGAAAAUCAGUAGGUAUAUAUAUUGAAAAUGGUUAUGACCCAGUACAUCCAUCUGACAGCAUAAUCACACCUCAUUUAAAAGCACUGCUUUUAAAUACUGUGGCCCUCAGAUAUUUCAAUCACUGGAAUUGGGAAAGACAACUGUCAUGUUCCCCUGGCAUCCAUAAAAGCAAUUGAGAGUUUUUACAUUCCACAGGCUGAUUGAUCUUCAAACAAAGUCUUCAGUCAGUUUAUCCAACAAACAGUAGCUUUCAGGAGUCAUUUUUUGUUUUUCAUUUAGGAAUCUGAUGGCUUGUACGAGUUUAAACGGUGGACCAGUUAAGAACAUUUCAUGUCAUGCCAGUAGUGUCUGACUAUCUGUAAUACAGCAACCUCAUAAAGGGCAUACAUUUGUUCUUGUGGCUUUCUUUCUCAUUACAAACAGGAUAUAAAAGCGCACUGCGUAUCGCACAAUCUGAUGCUCUGUUACUCAUUCAGGCCCAUGGUAUAAUACUCUACAGAUUCACCUGCAGUUUAAUGUUCAGUUCUGAGAUAGGUUACGACUAGUUUUAAAUAUAUUUUCUACUAGCAAUGCAAGUUAAAACAACUCACUGAAACAUGUUUUCGGCAUAAUGUGUGUUCAUAGUUCUCAUUCCACAAUGUGGUGUUUUUUUUGGUCUCUGUCGCCGUCCAGUCCUUGCCCCCCCCCCAAUAUUUUUGUAAACAUGUGACACUCGUUUUAAUGUGUUUUAUAAAUUACUGCACUCAAUGUUCCUGCAUAGAUAUAGAAAAUACUGCAAUAGUGAUUUUUGCACAGUUUCUUUCGUCUUCUAUUUUGUCCACACUUUGUGUAACUGAGUCUUUGAUAUUCAGUGGGUUUGUUGGGUACCAAAAGUAUAUGGUUUUAAUUGAUGGCAAGUGAUUAUUGUGCACAUAUUGGCUGAAAUCUGAUACCACUGUGUAUUUAUUAUUUACAUAUUAGAUGAGAGGUUUUUUUUGUUUUUUUCUUUAAGAUUGUCAUCUCCUGUUUUUAAUGUGUGGGGUCAUUGUUUGAAAUAUUAACCAGUACAGAUUCAAGAGUAAAUGGUUAAAGACAAUAAAUACAGUACCCUAUAUGCAGCCCAGGUUUAGUUUCAGGACACUAAGUGCCUAUGUUUCAAGACAACCGUGAUCCUGAAAUACGGUCUUAAUGCCUUUUCAAGAAAACCCAGUUCUAGGUAUUGGUAUUUGUAAUAAAAACACCACGGCAUGUCUCUGUGUGAUCUUAACUGUUUUUAUUGUGUUUUACCAUGUUUUAAAUGAAGCAUUCAUUCCAAAUUUAAAAAGGUUACUUUCUUGCAAAAACUUGCAGGCACAGGAGCAAAAUGUGGAUCAUGUUGGUUCAUCUUUUUAUUGUAUAUUAUGUGCAAUUAGUUUUUUUUAAAUAUGGUAAAUUUAAUCUUUAAUCAUGAUUCAUCUGCUGGUCUUAUUUCAGACGUUAAGCAAGUCAGCUACAUGUUUGAAAUGGCAGGGUUGAACAAUGUAGUACAAUAAAUGAGUAGUUCGAUCUGUGAAAAAAUUGUAGUAUUUACAUGGCUUCAAAAAUAAAUAAAUAAAUAAAUACCAAAUAUCCUAGGGACCUAUUUCAGUUCAGAAGGAAGUGAAACCAAGAGACUGGAAAUUUGUCUUGCACAUGAAAUGUAAAUAUUG